GUGAGCAGCUGCUGCCUCGGAAUGUCGGUCUUCAGGCUGGGGGACCAUGUGUGGCUGAACCCCACCUCUGCCAACGGGACUGGUGUGGCCAUCGGGGGAAUUGUCAAGGAAACUAAGCCGGGCAAGAUCUUGAUCGAAGAUGAUGAGGGCAAGGAACACUGGAUCCGAGCAGAGGACCUUGGCACUGUCAGCCCCAUGCACCCCAACUCAGCUGAGGGUGUGGACGACAUGAUCCGCCUGGGGGACCUGAAUGAGGCAGGCGUGGUGCACAACCUCCUGAUCCGCUACCAGCAACACAAGAUCUAUACGUACACAGGCUCCAUCCUGGUGGCGGUGAACCCGUUCCAGCUGCUGCCCCUCUACACCCUGGAGCAGGUGCAUCUGUACUAUAACCGCUACAUAGGUGAGCUGCCGCCUCAUGUCUUCGCCAUCGCCAACACCUGCUACUUCAACAUGAAGAAGAACAAGAAGGACCAGUGCUGCAUUAUCAGUGGCGAGUCUGGGGCAGGCAAGACGGAGACCACCAAGCUCAUCCUGCAGUUCCUGGCCACCGUCAGUGGCCAGCACUCGUGGAUUGAGCAGCAGGUCCUGGAGGCCAACCCCAUCCUGGAAGCCUUUGGAAAUGCCAAGACCAUCAGAAACGACAACUCAAGCCGUUUUGGGAAAUACAUUGACAUCUACUUCAACCCCAGUGGGGUGAUAGAGGGCGCACGCAUCGAGCAAUUUCUCCUGGAGAAGUCCCGGGUGUGCCGGCAGGCCCCGGAGGAGCGGAACUACCACAUCUUCUACAGCAUGCUGCUGGGGAUGGGCGCCGAGGAGAAACAGCUGCUGGGCCUGGGCACGCCCUCCGAGUACCGCUGCCUGAGCCUGGGGAACUGUACCUCCUGCGAGGGGCUCAACGAUGCCAAGGACUAUGCCCAUGUCCGCUCGGCCAUGAAGAUCCUCAUGUUCUCCGACUCUGAGAACUGGGACCUCAGCAAGCUGCUGGCAGCCAUCCUCCACCUGGGGAAUGUGGAGUUCAUGGCUGCGGUCUUCGAGAACCUGGACUCCUCCGACGUGAUGGACACGCCGGCCUUUCCCACCGUGGCGAAGUUACUGGAGGUGAGGAACCAGGCCCUCCGGGACUGUCUGAUCAAGCACUCCAUUAACAUCCGUGGGGAGUUUGUCACCAGGCCCCUGAACAUCGCCCAGGCCGCAGACCGAAGGGACGCAUUUGUCAAGGGCAUCUAUGGAAACCUCUUCUUGUGGAUUGUCAAGAAGAUCAAUGCAGCAAUUUUCACCCCACCUGCCCAGGACCCCAGAAAUGUGCGAAGGGCCAUCGGCCUCCUGGACAUAUUUGGCUUUGAAAAUUUCCAGAACAAUAGCUUCGAGCAGCUCUGCAUCAACCUCGCCAACGAGCACCUGCAGCAGUUCUUCGUGCAGCAUGUGUUCACCAUGGAGCAGGAGGAGUACCUCUCCGAGAACAUCGCCUGGGACUACAUCCAGUACUGCGACAACCGGCCCACCCUGGACCUGCUGGCCCAAAAGCCCAUGAGCAUCAUCUCCCUCUUGGACGAAGAGAGCCAUUUCCCGCAGGGGACAGAUGCCACCAUGCUCCAAAAGCUGAACAGUGUCCAUGCUGCCGACAAGGCCUUCCUGCAGCCCAGGAACAUCCAUGACCCCAGGUUUGGCAUCGCGCACUUUGCCGGUGAGGUGUACUACCAGGUGGAAGGCUUCCUGGAGAAGAAUCGAGAUGUGCUGAGCAUGGAUAUCCUCACCCUGAUCUACUCCUCCAAAUGCAAGUUCCUGAGGGAGAUUUUCAAGCUGGAGUCAGCAGAGACCAAGCUAGGCCACGGGACCAUCCACCAGGCAAAGGCAGGGAGCCAGCUCUUCAAGUCUGCAGACUCCGGCAAGCAGCCCUCCACCUUGGCAGGCCAGUUCAAGAAGUCCCUGGACCAGCUGAUGAAAAUCCUGACCAAAUGCCAGCCCUACUUCAUCCGCUGCAUCAAACCCAACGAGUACAAGAAGCCGCUGCUCUUCGACCGGGAGCUGUGCCUGCGGCAGCUGCGCUACUCGGGCAUGAUGGAGACCGUGCGCAUCCGCAAGUCGGGCUUCCCCAUCCGCUACGCCUUCCAGGAGUUCGCGCUGCGCUUCCGCCUGCUGCUGCCCAGCGCCGAGCGCCGGCAGCUUCGGGACAAGUUCCGCCAGAUGACCGUGCGCAUCGCUGAAAAGUGGCUGGGGACAAACAAAGACUGGAAAAUGGGAAAGACCAAAAUUUUCCUGAAGGAUAACCAGGACACUCUGCUGGAGGUACAGAGGAGCCAGGCCCUGGACAAAGCAGCGGUCAGCAUCCAGAGAGUCCUGCGAGGAUACAAAUACAGGAAGGAGUUCCUGCAGCAGAGACGGGCAGCUGUGACCCUUCAGGCCUGGUGGAGAGGCUGGUACAACAGGCGGAACUUCAAACUGAUCCUCCUGGGCUUUGAGCGCCUACAGGCCAUUGCACGGAGCCAUCUGCUGGCAAAACAGUACCAGGCCACGCGCCGGAGGAUGGUCCAGCUACAGGCCCUCUGCAGGGGCUACCUGGUGCGCCAGCAAGUCCAGGCCAAGAGGAGGGCAGUAGUGGUCAUCCAGGCGCACACCAGGGGCAUGGCUGCCCGGCGGAACUUCCGGCAGCAGAAAGCCAAUGGGCCUCUGGUCAUCCCGGCUGGUGAGGAGCAGUGUGCCCUCCCCACCAAGAAGCGAAAGUCAAUCUAUGACACCGUGACGGACACAGAGAUGGUGGAGCGGGUGUUUGGCUUCCUCCCUUCCAUGAUCGGCGGGCAGGAGGGCCAGGCCCCACCUGAGUUCAAGGCUCUGGAGGCAAGGACCCAGACCCUACCCGAGGUUGACCUUGAUGCGGUCCCCAUGGUGGCCGAGUGUGAGGAGGACGUGGAUGGCCUAGCCGAGUACACCUUCCCCAAAUUCGCUGCGACCUACUUCCAGAAGUCUGCCAGCUACACGCACAUCCGGCGGCCCCUCCACUACCCGCUGCUCUACCACGAGGACAACACCGACUGCUCGGUACCUGGGAGCUCUCUGCCGGGCGCUCUGUCUGCAUCCCUGCAGGCUGCCCUGGUGGUGUGGGGCAUCCUUCUGAGGUUCAUGGGCGACCUUCCGGAGCCAGCGCUCUUCACCAGGAACAGUGUGCGGGGCGGCUCAGCGACGCGGCAGAUCCAUGGCACCCUGGGCAGCGGGAGCAGCACCCAGGCCCCACACGGGUCUGCGGAGGUGGCCGGCCAGCUCAGUAUGGGAGAGGAGAUGCUCGAGCCUGCCGGCCCCAUCUCAGAGCGACCCAUGUCCAACCUGGAGAAGGUGCACUUCAUCGUGGGCUACGCCAUCCUGCGGCCCAGCCUCAGGGAUGAGAUUUACUGCCAGAUCUGCAAGCAGCUGUCCGAGAACUUCAAGAGGAGCAGCGUGGCCCGGGGCUGGAUUCUGCUCAGCCUCUGCCUGGGCUGCUUCCCACCCUCCGAGAGGUUCAUGAAGUAUCUGCUGAACUUCAUCGGCCAAGGGCCAGCUGGCUACGGGCCCUUCUGUGCUGAGCGCCUGAGACGCACCUAUGCCAACGGGGUGCGCACGGAGCCCCCCACCUGGCUGGAGCUGCAGGCUGUCAAGUCCAAGAAACACAUUCCCAUCCAUGUCAUCUUGGUAACUGGAGAGAACCUGACGGUCAUGGUCGACUCAGCCUCGACAUCCCGGGAAGUGUGUAUGCACAUCGCCCGAAAGCAGGGCCUCAGCGACUACCUGGGCUUUUCUCUACAGGUUGCCGUGUACGACAAGUUCUGGUCCCUGGGCAGCGGGCGUGACCACGUGAUGGAUGCGGUGGCACAGUGCGAGCAGCUGGCGCGGGGCAGGGGCGAGAGCGAGCGCCAGUCGCCCUGGCGCCUCUACUUCCGGAAGGAGUUCUUCACGCCCUGGCACGACUCCCGGGAGGACCCCGUCAGUACCGAGCUCGUCUACCGCCAAGUCCUCCACGGGGUCCGGGCCGGCGAGUACAGCUUCGAGCAGGAGGAAGAGCUGGUGGCGCUGCUGGCCCAGCACUGCUGUGUGCAGCUCGGCGCCUCGGUGCAAAGAGAGGCUGUCCAGGAGCUGCUGCCCGGAUGCAUCCCCUCCAAGCUGUACAGGACUAAGUCCCCGGAGCAGUGGGCCAGCCUCGUCACUGCCGCCCACGCCAAGGCACGGCUCACCCAGAAGCAGGCAGUGCCACAGGCUGUGAAGGAGCAGGUGGUGGACACCGCCCGCCUGCAGUGGCCGCUGCUCUUCUCCCGGCUCUUUGAAGUCACCACGCUCUCUGGCACCCGGCUGCCCAAGACUCAGCUGAUCUUGGCUGUUAACUGGAAGGGACUGUACUUCCUGGACCAGAGAGAGAAGAUGCUCCUGGAACUCUCUUUCCCAGAGGUCAUGAGUCUGAUCACUGACAGGGAGGCCCAGGGCGGGCAGAGGCUGGUGCUGUCCACACUGCGCGAAGAGAAGUAUGACUUCCUGUCCCCCAGCAGUGUGGCCAUUGCCGAGCUGGUGGCCAUGUUUCUGGAGGGCCUGAAGGAGAGGUCCGUGUUCACCAUGGCCCUGCAGGACAGGAAGGCCACAGAUGACACCACCAUCCUGUCCUUCAAGAAGGGGGACUUACUGAUCCUGACGAAGAAGCAGGGGCUGUUGGCCUCUGAGAAUUGGACCCUGGGCCAGAACGACAGGACGGGCAAGACGGGGCUGGUGCCCAUAGCCUGUGUCUAUGUCAUCCCGACGGUCACCAAGCCCUCGGCACAGCUGAUGAGCCUGCUGGCCAUGUCCCCAGAGAAGCGGAAGCUGGCAGCCCAGGAGGGGCGGUCCACACAGUCACUGCCUGACGAGCAGCCCAAGGAGAAGCCACACACCCUGGAGGAAUUCUCCUAUGAGUUUUUUAGGGCCCCAGAGAAGGAGACGGCCAGCAGAGCCUUCCCCCUGGUCCGCGCCUGGGACCACCUGUGGGCGCACUCCUCCGAGCCCCUGCGCCAGCCUCUGCUCAAGCGUGUCCAAGCCGCCGCCGAGCUUCGGGAAGUCGCCUGUCAGAUCUUCAUUGCCAUCCUCAGGUACAUGGGUGACUACCCAUCUCGGCAGGCCUGGCCCUCCCUGGAGCUCACCGACCAGAUCUUCUCGUCGGCCCUCCAGGACUCGGCUCUGCAGGACGAGGUCUACUGCCAGAUCCUGAAGCAGCUGACCCAGAACACCAAGAGGUACAGCGAGGAGCGGGGCUGGCAGCUGCUGUGGCUCUGCACUGGCCUCUUCCCGCCCGGCAAGGCCCUGCUGCCCCACGCCCAGAAGUUCACAGACACGCGGAGGACGAAGCUGCUGGCCCCCGACUGCAGCCGUCGCAUCCGGAGGGUUGUCAGGACAGGGUCCCGGAAGCAGCCCCCACACCAGGUGGAGGUGGAGGCGAUGGAACAGAACGUCUCCCGCAUCUGCCACAAGAUCUUCUUCCCCAAUGACACCAGCGAGAUGCUGGAGGUGGGCAGCAGCAGCCGCGUGCGGGACGUGUGCGGAAGCAUCGCCACCAGGCUGCAGCUGGCCUCCUGGGAAGGCUGCAGCCUCUUCAUCAAGAUCUCAGACAAGGUCAUCAGCCAGAAGGAGGGCGACUUCUUCUUUGACUCUUUGCGGCAGGUGUCUGAUUGGGUGAAGAGGAACAAGCCCCAGAAAGAAGGGGCCCCCGUGACACUCCCUUACCAGGUGUACUUCAUGCGGAAACUGUGGCUCAACGUGACCCCAGGGAAGGAUGUGAAUGCGGACACCAUACUCCACUACCACCAGGAGCUGCCCAAGUACCUGCGUGGCUUCCACAAGUGUUCGAGGGAGGAUGCUGUCCACCUGGCAGGCCUCAUCUACAAGGCCCAGUUCGACAAUGACCGGUCCCAACUGGCUAACAUCCCCAAGAUCCUGAAGGAACUCGUGCCUGAGAACCUCACACGCCUGAUGUCCUCAGAGGAGUGGAAAAAGAGCAUCCUCCUGGCCUGCGACAAGCACAGAGAUAAGACGGUGCAGGAGGCCAAGACAGCCUUCCUGAGGUGGAUCUGCCGGUGGCCCACCUUCGGCUCUGCCUUCUUCGAGGUGAAGCAAACCUCGGAGCCCUCCUACCCAGACAUCAUCCUCAUCGCCAUCAACCGGCAUGGGGUUCUGCUCAUCCACCCCAAGAGCAAGGAGCUGCUGGCCACCUACCCCUUCACCAAGAUCGCCAACUGGAGCAGCGGUAGCACUUACUUCCACAUGGCGCUGGGGAGCCUGGGCCGGGGCAGCCGCUUGCUGUGCGAGACCUCCCUGGGCUACAAGAUGGACGACCUACUGACCUCCUACGUCCAGCAGCUGCUGAGCUCCGUGAACAGGCAGCGGGCACCCCAGGCCCCAGCCCCACCCGGUCUCUAGCCAGGGCCACUUGCCCCAUCAGCCACCCUCCCCAGGGCCUGCCCUCUGCAGGCAGCCUCUCAUGCCACCCUCUCCCUGGAACUCUGCCCCACACCCUUCAGCACCCGGGGGGACCUUCACCCACCGGGGUGCUGGCCAUGGAGGCCAGAGGAGGGAGCCAGGCGGGGCCAAGCCGGAGGGCUUCAGGACCACCCCAAGAACGUUCAAUAAAGAUUCACAGAGCAA